ACCUUCUUCAAUUUUGAAAUCUCUUGUUCAGUCUGGUUUUUGGUUACUAGGCAAAUGAUAAAGUCUGGUUCAAUUUAGAAACCUGAGGUAUCUUCAUCUUAGACGGCAGUAACAAUGGCUUUGCAUGGUUGUUAUUGUCACCAUAUGAACUUGACAAACCAAAGAAGAACGCUAGACAAUCUCAGUUUUUCAGGCUCAAUUUCAGUUCAUAAAUUGUCAAAGAAUAAAAGGACAACAUGUGAUCCAUCACGGAAUAAUCGAUUUCAUAGGUUCCUCGUGGAAAUGAGACAGACAGAAUUGCCUGCUUCGAAGUAUGGUACAAAUGGUAAAGCUGUUAAAAUGGUACCGGCAAAUGAGCUAGUGAAAAGAAAGACAAUGUCAGCGAAUAAGGUGGAGACAGUGAAUGGUUCAACUUCAAAGCAAGCUGUUAAUGGAGCAAGUCUAGUAAGAAGAGAUUCCACCCCAGCUUCUACAAAGACAGUGAAAUCUAGAACCUCUAAAGAACUUCCCCCGUUGGAGGAGCUAAAAGUUUUACCCUCAGAUGAAGGUUUCAGUUGGGCCAAUGAAAAUUACAAUUCCUGGCAGAGGACUAUUGAUAUUUGGUCUUUUGUUAUUUCUUUACGUAUUCGGGUUCUAUUGGACAAUGCAAAAUGGGCAUAUGUGGGAGGCCUCACAGAAGAAAAGCAAAAGAACAGAAGGAAGAAAACUGCCUCAUGGCUAAGGGAGAGUGUAUUACAGCUUGGUCCAACGUUCAUUAAACUUGGACAGUUAUCAUCAACAAGGUCGGAUCUAUUUCCCCGUGAAUUUGUGGAUGAGCUCGCAAAAUUGCAGGACAAGGUUCCUGCUUUCUCUCCAAAGAAAGCAAGAGGCUUCAUUGAGAGUGAAUUGGGAGCUCCCAUUAACAUAUUAUAUAAGGAGUUUGAAGAUAGGCCAAUUGCUGCUGCUAGUCUUGGUCAGGUUCAUCGUGCUAUUCUGCAUAAUGGAGAGAAAGUAGUUGUCAAAGUUCAAAGGCCUGGUCUGAAGAAGCUUUUUGACAUUGAUUUGCGAAACUUAAAGUUGAUUGCAGAGUAUUUUCAGAGAAGUGAAGCUCUAGGUGGUCCAACUAGAGACUGGAUCGGAAUAUAUGAAGAAUGUGCAACUAUUUUGUAUCAAGAAAUUGAUUACAUAAAUGAAGGAAAGAAUGCUGACAGGUUCCGCCGAGAUUUUAGAAACAUAAAGUGGGUUCGAGUACCUCUGGUGUAUUGGGAUUAUACUGCAACAAAGGCGUUGACCUUGGAGUAUGUACCAGGUAUCAAAAUAAAUCAGGUGGAUACAUUAACUUCGAGUGGUUAUGAUAUAUUACGGAUCUCAUCACGUGCUAUUGAAGCGUACUUGAUUCAGAUAUUGAGAACAGGUUUCUUUCAUGCUGAUCCUCAUCCUGGAAAUCUUGCUAUUGAUGUGGAUGAAGCAAUUAUUUAUUAUGACUUUGGCAUGAUGGGGGAGAUCAAAUCUUUUACCCGAGAGAGACUACUUGAACUUUUCUAUGCUGUUUAUGAAAAGGAUGCAAAGAAGGUUAUGCAAUGCCUUAUAGACCUUGGAGCACUCCAACCUACUGGGGACCUGUCAGCGGUAAGGAGAUCUGUACAGUAUUUCUUGGACAAUCUGCUAAGCCAGACACCAGAUCAGCAGCAGACCUUUUCUGCAAUUGGGGAGGAUUUAUUUGCAAUAGCACAAGACCAGCCAUUCCGUUUUCCAUCCACCUUCACCUUUGUUCUCAGGGCGUUUUCAACACUUGAAGGCAUAAGUUACACACUCAAUCCAGAUUUUUCCUUUGCUAAGGUUGCUGCACCCUAUGCGCAGGAACUUCUAGAUAUAAGGCAAAAGCAACGCACUGGACCACAACUCGUGGAGGAAAUAAGGAAGCAAGCAGAUGAUGCGAGAACCUAUACCAUGUCAAUGCCAUACAGAGUUCAAAGAAUAGAAGAGUUCACAAAGCAACUUGAGGCAGGGGAUCUAAAACUACGAGUCCGAGUGCUCGAGUCUGAAAGAGCUGCUCGGAAAGCAACAAUUUUACAAAUGGCUACUAUGUACACGGUAUUAGGAGGAACCUUGCUAAAUCUUGGCUUCACUUUGAGUAGCCAAGGCAAUGAAGCUAUAGCGAAUGGAUCUUUCGUUGGUGCAGGUCUUUUUAUGACACUAUUUGUCAGGUCCAUGCAAAGGGUAAAGAAGCUUGAUAAGUUUGAGAAAAUGAUAUAAUUGGUUACCAAAAAAUUCAAUUCUUUCAAACCUAUACAAAGUUGUGUUGAUCUCCAUUUUCUUACUUGUAAACGUUCAAUUUUUUUACGCAAGCAUAACAAGCUAUACGAGUUAUACAGAAACAGGAUUGGAGGCAGAUGAAACUACUAUACAUUUUA